CGGGCGGCGGGGCGCCAUGGGCGCCGGCGGCGGCUCGCCGGGCCAGGCCGCCUGCCUGCGGCAGAUCCUGCUGCUCCAGCUGGACCUCAUCGAGCAGCAGCAGCAGCAGCUGCAGGCCAAGGAGAAGGAGAUCGAGGAGCUCAAGGCCGAGCGGGACACGCUCCUCGCGCGCAUCGAGCGCAUGGAAAGGCGCGUGCAGCUGGUGAAAAAGGACACCGAGAGAGAGAAGCACAGGAUCUUCCAGGGCUUCGAGGUGGACGAGAAGGCCGAGGCGGAAGCGUGCGAGAAGCUGCCGCUGGAGUGCCCGCAGGACCCGCUGGAGCCCUCGCAGACCCUGCCGCCCAAGCACUUCGCCUACGGCCGGAACGGGAAGGGGCACAAAAGGAAGCCGACGUUCGGCAGCGCCGAGAGGAAGACGCCCGUGAAGAAGCUGGUGUCCGAGUUCUCCAAGGCCAAGAGCAAAAGCCUGAAGCACUCUCCGGGAAAAGAGGAGUCGAGCGGCUCUUUAUCCGAAACUGUUUGUAAACGAGAACUGCGGAGCCAAGAGACUCCAGAAAAAAACCGCUCGCUCCUGGACACGCCGCUCAGACCCUGCGCCCCGCUGAAAGGCCCCGGCGCCCACCCCAAGGAGAAGGGCUUCUUCAGCGAGACAGAGGAUCUGCCCUAUCUUUCCACCACAGAAAUGUACUUGUGUCGCUGGCACCAGCCUCCGCCGUCGCCGUUGCGGGAGCCCUCCCCGAAGAAGGAGGAGACUGUAGCAAUUCCGUCGUGGAGGGACCAUGUCGUGGAGCCCCUGAGAGACCCCAACCCCUCCGACCUCCUGGAGAACCUAGACGACAGCGUGUUCUCCAAACGGCACGCGAAGCUGGAGCUGGACGAGAAGAGAAGGAAAAGGUGGGACAUCCAGAGGAUCAGGGAACAAAGAAUCUUGCAACGGCUGCAGCUCCGAAUGUACAAAAGGAAAGGAAUUCAGGAGUCGGAGCCUGAAGUUACCUCAUUUUUCCCUGAGCCGGAUGACGUGGAGAGCUUGCUCAUCACCCCCUACCUGCCCGUCGUCGCCUUCGGCCGGCCGCUACCAAAACUAACUCCGCAGAAUUUCGAGCUGCCCUGGCUGGACGAGCGGAGCCGCUGCCGGCUGGAGAUGCAGAAGAAGCAGACGCCUCACCGGACGUGCCGGAAAUAGCCGGGCGGCGGGAGCCGGCGCCCAGGGGCUCCGUACGUUGCUGGGUCGCGCGGAUCUCUGCCCUCCCGUAUGGCCUCGCUCACGGAUGGUUUCGUUCCCUCCACGCCCCCGGUUUCGUUCUCUUGGGUUUUUUUCACCGUUCUCUGCAGACUCUUUUCCCCGCCGACUGACUGUGCGUUGAGCUGGGGUUUUUCUCUUGUUUUUACUCCUCCUCCCUCGACAGCAAGUCCUCCGGCUUUGUCCGGAGCAGCGAGGCCGGGAGCUGUCCCGAAGCCGCUCCGGUCCCGGGCGAAGCGGGAAAGCCGAGGGGGGAAGCGGGUUUGUGCCCGCAGCGGUGCUGCCGGCGCAGAUGCCCCCGGCCAGGCUACUGGUGCGGCAAGGCUUGUGCCAGCUCGUGUCCCUUCUUUCUUCUUUUCCUUUCUUUUCCUUUUGUUUAACUUUUAUUUUUUCCCGCCCCAUCUGGAACGGCUGUAAUGUUCGGAGGGGAGAGUUGAGAAAGAAACAAACAAAACUCUUUUUUUGUGAAAUGAAAAUUCUAUACGCACAACUUCGGUUUCUUUUUUUUGUUUGUUUGUUUUUUAAUUUAAACGUUUUGGGAGCGGCGCUGCCCUGCCCUGCGCGGGGGGCGGCCGGGGCGGCGCGCGGGCUCCCUGCGCCCCCCACCCCGGUGCUGCGCGGCCCGUUUUUCGCAAAGGCUGUUGUUGGGUGUCUGCUUUUAGCAUGAUCGCAUGCGUCCCCCCUGGAUUUCUGUGCAAUUAGGAGCCAAAAUAUUAAAGGAGCAAAACGCGAGCAGAGCCUCUCAUUUUCCUUCCUGUCCUCGAUGUCGUCUGUCUUGCAGGGCUGGCUGCCGGAGGGGGACUCGGCAUGAGCCCCCGGGCCGCCCCGGCGGCGAAGAGCGCGCUCGGCCCGCCCCGCGCCCAAAACGGUCCAAAUUCCUCCCGGUCCGGGCUGCAACACUGUGAAACCGCGUCUUCGAGGGGGGGCCUUGCGGCUCCCCGCCGCGCCGCUCGCCGGCUUCCGCCCUGCUUUCUUGAACUGAGUUUGAACUAGUGUAAGGAAAGUUGUUAAAAAAAAAAAAAAAAAAAAGUUUAAAACCACGCACGCACGCGCCGUUCAAAGCGAGAAGCUUGUCCGUGCGCUUCGGCCUCGUUGGCGGCGCGCUGCCCGCCCCGCUGUCUGUUGUACCGCGUACUUUUGAUACCGUUUCUAACGUGUAAAAUGGGUUGUCUUGUAAAUACCUUAUUAAAACGGAAGAAGUUUGAUUGUAAA